AUGAAGGGACUCAAGAAAACUUUGCUCAGGAAGAGCUCGCAAGACUCGAAUUCUUCAAAACACAAGGACUCCAAGACGAAUAGCGCCGCCGCCGCGGCUGCUGCUGCAGCUGCAGCGGCUCCUCCCCCGCCUCCAAAUACGGGCAAGCCGCUUCCCCAACCAGCCGCUUCUAUAGCCACUGCCCACAGCCAUCCCAAUAACAGUAACCAUUAUUUGCAACAGCAACCCGCCGCCACUCGUUCUACCCCUCUCAUUGUCCCCAGUUCUUCUGAUCGGACCAGAUACUCUUCAGAUAGUGCUUCUGCUGCACCUCCAAUAGUCGUCGUUAGCUCAGAUGCAGACCCACGUCGCGGCGGGCCAUAUAGCGGCUCGCCAGAGAGAUCGUCUCUGACGAUUGAUCACGCCGUGGGCGGCGCUGCUACCCCUCCUCGAACGGCCUUGAAAGGCUUGAGAACGGGCCCGAAAGACACCAUUCCCAUCGUUGGAAAGCCGCCACGAAAGCAGCGAAGCAGUAGGUUUGUCGUCACGGAUAAAGCAGAGAUUGAGAAGCUGCCUUCUUUCAUGGAAAUGCCACCCAGCGACCGUCCGCAAUUGUUUAUCCGCAAACUUCAUCAAUGUCGUGUCUUAUUCGAUUUCAACGAUGCUAGUUCUGACCUCAAGGGCAAGCAAAUCAAGGCUCAAACACUUCAUGAUCUCCUUGAGUAUGUGACCACUCAACGCGGGGUGAUCACCGAAAACGUGUAUCCUGAGGUAGUAAACAUGUUCGCAGUUAACCUCUUUCGUUCUAUCCCUCCCCCCGUUAACCCAACAGGAGAUGCAUUCGACCCGGAAGAGGACGAGCCCGUCCUCGAACUGGCCUGGCCGCAUCUCCAGAUCGUCUACGAAUUUUUCCUCCGUUUCGUGGAAAGUCCCGAUUUCAACACUAAUCAAGCUAAACGGUUCAUCGACCAAAGCUUCGUUCUCAACCUUCUCGAACUUUUCGAUUCAGAAGAUCCAAGAGAGCGCGAUUUUCUCAAGACGACUUUGCACCGAAUUUACGGGAAAUUCCUCAAUCUGCGCGCCUUCAUUCGGAGAUCCAUCAAUAACGUCUUUUUCCAUUUCAUUUACGAGACCGAGCGUCACAACGGGAUUGCGGAGCUCUUAGAGAUCCUAGGGUCUAUUAUCAACGGCUUUGCGCUGCCGCUGAAAGACGAACACAAGACCUUCCUCACGCGCGUCCUCAUCCCCUUGCACAAAGUCAAGAGUUUGUCUAUGUAUCAUCCGCAGCUGGCGUACUGCGUUGUCCAAUUUUUAGAGAAGGACCCUGUUCUGGCGGAGGAUGUUAUGAUGGGACUCCUCAGGUUUUGGCCCAAGGUCAACUCGCCAAAGGAAGUUAUGUAUCUAAACGAGGUGGAGGAAGUUCUGGAUGUGAUCGACGCGGUGGAAUUCCAAAAGAUCCAAGUACCUUUAUUUCAACAGCUCGCCCGCUGCAUCAACAGCCAGCAUUUCCAAGUGGCCGAGCGCGCGCUAUUAUACUGGAACAACGAAUAUGUCGUUAAUCUCAUGAGCAACAAUCUCCCCGUCGUCCUUCCCAUCGUCUUCCCCGCUUUGUACUCCAACUCAAGAUCCCACUGGAAUAGAACGAUACAUGGCAUGGUCUACAACGCGCUGAAGCUAUUCAUGGAGAUCAAUCCUGAUCUAUUCGACGAGGCAAUGCAACACUAUCGACAACAAAGGAUCGAGGAACAACAAAGUGCUGUUCAUCGAUACGAGGCAUGGCAGAAACUCCGGGAAGUUGCCUUGCAGAAGGCGCCAGGCGGGCGUCUGCCUGAAGGCUAUGUUGAAAUCCCUCACCCACCUCCCCCACCGCCUCCACCUGCCGAUGAUAUGGAUAUCAUGGAUCUUUCGAUGGAGCUGAACGCUGCUUCGAUCGAUGAUAUCGGCCUAGAUGAGCAAGGAAUCGAGAGAGUUCCUACCGCUGAUCCUGGGUUAGAUAGUCCCAUACCUGACGUUGGGACACCGAUCGAUAACUCACCCUCGCAAGCACCGCAUGUCCGUCGAAAAAGCGUUCUACCAGUGGAUCCAACUGUGUUGCGAGACCUGCAGGCGCAUAGAAGCCUGGACGAUACCGUUGCACCCAAUUCUCAUGUACUGCUUUGA